UCCCUCUCUCCUUUCUCUUUCUCUCUCUGCUCCAGCCUCCUUGUUUUCCUGCACUGCCCAGCCUCUUCUACCUUUUGCAGUAUUCUCCGUGCUGCAUUCCAGCUCCUCUUAUUCAUUUUAUAGCAAGAGGAGGCUUCUUCUGGUUUUUGGGUGGGGGGAGCCCAGGAGGGUCCGUGCACGGUUUUGCCACAUUGCCACUGCUCAUUUUGCUCCGGCUUUGCCUGCGGAGGAUGCAUUCUAGACCGAGAUCUAUGGCUCGCUGAGAGGGAAGCCCACCCAUAGCCCUCUGUCUGCUGACAGCCCCUGAGAAGAGCCCUGUGGAGCACGGGAGCUCCUGCAAUAAUCUGAGGAGUCACAAUGACCACAGAGGUGGGGGCUGAAACUGAACUCAAUCCUGGCGCAGAUGGGCAUGCCCAGGAUGGGGUACAUAAUCCUGCACUACUCCCCCACGACACCCCGCAAACCCCUGCUAACAAUGUGGACCGGUCAGGAGUCAAUGAGAAUUUAAGGAGAGCUGCGGAUAGUGAAGAGAGGCUUGAUAUAGCACAAGACAGAACAACACCCUCUCACAAUCAGAGAUCACCGCAGAAAACGUCUAGAAAACCCAAAAGUACAGUUUGUAUUGUGACGCUCCUGGACUCUUCCAACUAUGAAUGUGAAAUAGAGAAACAUGCCAGGGGGCAGGUCCUGUUCGAUACAAUAUGUGAACACCUCAACUUGCUGGAGAAAGAUUACUUUGGUCUUACGUUCUGUGACACUGACAGUCAGAAGAAUUGGCUGGAUCCUUCCAAGGAAAUAAAAAAACAGAUCAGAAGUGGUCCCUGGACUUUUGGUUUCACGGUAAAGUUUUAUCCCCCUGAUCCAGCUCAGCUCACAGAAGACAUCACAAGGUAUUAUCUGUGCCUCCAGUUACGUGCUGACAUCAUCAGUGGACGCCUACCCUGCUCCUUUGUCACUCAUGCCCUGUUGGGGUCUUAUACUGUACAAGCUGAGCUUGGUGACUAUGACCCUGAAGAAAAUCAUGGGAAUUAUGUGAGUGAACUUCGUUUUUCCCCUAAUCAGACAAGAGAGCUGGAAGAACGAGUGAUGGAGCUGCAUAAAACCUACAGAGGAAUGACUCCAGCUGAGGCCGAGAUUCACUUUCUAGAAAAUGCCAAGAAGCUAUCAAUGUAUGGAGUAGAUCUGCACCACGCCAAGGACUCUGAAGGUAUAGAUAUAAUGCUGGGAGUUUGUGCUAAUGGGCUCCUGAUCUACAGAGACAGGUUGCGAAUAAACCGGUUUGCCUGGCCCAAAAUCUUAAAGAUUUCAUACAAAAGAAGCAACUUUUACAUUAAGAUCCGACCAGGGGAGUAUGAGCAGUUUGAAAGUACCAUUGGAUUCAAACUACCGAAUCACAGAGCUGCUAAGCGUCUUUGGAAGGUCUGCAUAGAACAUCACACAUUUUUCAGGCUGGUUUCCCCAGAGCCUGCCCCUAAGGGUUUCCUAGUGAUGGGCUCUAAAUUCAGAUACAGUGGACGCACACAGGCACAGACUCAGCAAGCAAGCGCCUUGAUAGAUAGACCUGCCCCUAACUUCAAGCGCUCCGCCAGCAAACGCUACACGCUGUCCCAGAGUCACGAAGAAGGAUUUUUAAAACAGGCUGCAGUCAAUGAAAACCAUGAGUCCACACCAGAGAAAAACCACGAACCAUCUGAUCAUCGGGGAGAGGAAGAAGAUGAGGAGGAGGAGGAAGUAACAACUCCAACCAAAAUCAAGGAGCUAAAGUUCCUGGACAAGUCACAGGAUGUCCUAUUGAAGCAUCAGGCCAGCAUCAAUGAGCUGAAGAGAACACUGAAACAACCCAACAGCAAACUAGUCCACAGAGAGCGCGGGCGGGAAAAGAGGCUGCCCUCCUCGCCUACAUCCUCUUCCUCCAAACAUGAGGACAUGGAAGACACUGGAAAAAGAGAAGAGGAUGAUCCUGAUGCUGCUGCUGCCCAGGAUUCAGAUGUUUUCACCCAGAAAAGCUUGGCUUCGUCUCCCGAGGGCAUGGAGCAUUGGGUUUUUAUAGAAAGGAGAACCGAAAACUCUCAUGCUUCAUUUGAAGAGGUGCCAAAAUCUCAAACUGUCCAGAUUCCUGGACAGGAAUUGUCCCCCAACAGGGAAGAUGACAUACAACUUCUCAAGGAUAGGGGGAAGAGAGAAACUGAGGACCCACACGAGGAGAAAGGUACUGAAAAAGUAGUACCUAUGGUAAAGGGAGUGGAGAGAAGAAUCAGGUUAACACAAAGGGAAGAGCGCCUGGUGAUGGUAACUAGUGAAUGGGAUUUAGUGGAAAGUAAAGCCAGGACAGCGCCAGAUGGUGCACCUGCAGAUGAGAGCCGAGAAUGGGCUAUAAAAAUGGAUUUAAAACAAGGACAAGUCUGGAGUAGGGGAGAGGAAGUAGAUGGAGAAGAACCCUCCAUAAAGCGGACAGAGAGAGGAGCGGUAGCAUCUGGAUCAUCAGAAAGAGCUCAUGAUAUGAGUAGGACCAUUGUGGAGAUUGGAGAGUGCAGGCGUGUUAUUUUAUGUGAUGAAGAAGAAGCUGAUGACAGUGCUGAUGAAACCGAAGGCGAGUGGAGCAACGAGGCCCACUGGGAAGACCAACAAAAAACUUUAAUAUGGUGUGAGAGUUCAGGAUACCAGCAACCUAAGAAAUCAGACGAUGCAGAGGACACAAGCAUAUGUGCAACAUCCCAGCAUCCUUAUGAGCAAAUGGAAUCUUCUGUACUAACUGGUAGAAAAGAGGAGAGGCAGCAAGAUGAAACAGUGAAGGAAACCUUAAGGGAGUAUGUCACGACUGAUAUCCUAAUGCCGGAUGAUCAUACUGAAGAAAUGACUGAAGACGGAUGUGCAACAAGCACAGGUAAUACAGAAGAGGCUUCGACAUCUAAACUUCCGAAUGAACCAAUGUCUUCAAGUGUACAAAUGACAGCCGAAAGAGGCACAGAAGAUUUAUCUCUGGAAGAUUGGGGCCCACCAGUGCUUCACUUUAUGCUACCAACCAUCAUACCAUUACCCGUGAGCCUUCCAAGAGAACGGGGUCAUCAAGAAGUAGUUGCAGCCAGUAAUCAAAGUGAACAAAUUCUUGUUCAACCAAAUCCUAGGAACCAUGCUGCUCCUUAUCAAGAAGGAACCGCCAGCCCUGCUGAAUCCACAACAGACACUCCUGGGGACCUUUCAUCUCCAGACUCAGGCUGUGAAAUAACACUCACCGAUGUGGCGAGUCAACCACUUGAGUCAACUUCUUGGGAGGAAAGGGACAUCCCAUCUGCUCUCAGAGAGGUCUCCCUGCCGGACCAGGGUUAUAGGAAAUCCGGGAUUGUUCUUUUUCAGAGAGUGAGCAGCAGGGAAGCAGAUGAAGGACGCACGGCAGGAGAGGAGGAGCAAAGUGCGGGGCUCCUAAAGGAGAACCAACUGAGCAUUGAGAGGAAGUGCUCAAGCAUAACCGUCAGUUCUACAUCCAGUCUGGAGGCCGAGGUGGACUUCACCGUCAUUGGAGAUUACCACUCCAAUGUAGGCUUUGAAGAUUUCACACGCAGCCUGCCAGAGUUGAACAGAGACCAGGGUGAUGGAGGCACCACUGACAACCCUACAACUGCCCCCCAAGAAGAACAUGACGGAGAUAAGACAGAGGAGGAGACAACGGAGUCGCAUCUGAAGACAGUGCAGCAAGAGGUCAUCACUAGUGUGAACGCGGUUAGCAGGACAGAUGGAGAAACCAUUACACACACACAGAUUACUACUGUGCAAACCACUCAGGUGGAGGAGAACAGGACAGACCUCGGAAGUGGAGAUCUUGGAAAAGCCGAAGCAUCUGGUGAGAGCAUCCAACCUCUACAGGCAGAUGUGGCUCGUACACAACAUGUUUCCCAUACUGCAAAUAUUACCCACGGCACAGCAGAAACAUUGUCAUCAUCCACAACUACCCAUGUGACAAAGACAGUGAAAGGUGGAUUUUCUGAGACAAGGAUAGAGAAGAGGAUAAUUAUUACUGGAGAUGAAGAUGUAGAUCAAGAACAGGCCCUCGCCAUGGCUAUAAAGGAGGCAAAGCUGCAACAUCCAGACAUGCUGGUCACCAAGGCAGUGGUGUACUGUGAAACAGAACCUUCUCCUGAAGAGCCUGGAGAGCGACAGCAGCAAUCUUGACCUUGGAUUUUGGAUGUGAAUCCUCCCUUCAUCUCCCUCUCUGCCCCCGCCUCAUAAAAUAAGGACUAUCCUCCCUUCCCUGAUCCUACAGCACACGCCAGCUGCAAAGCCUCAAAAUCAGCAAGGGGCCUCUGAAACCAUGCUGACAUCAUUCCCUGACAACGAAAGACUUGUCACCUUCCAUGGAGCAGCGUAACAUCUCAUGUGAAGAAGACUAUGGGACACUUUCUUCUCCACUAUUGCUCUUCUUCUGGGAAGCAUGCCUAGCAAUGCGUGAAUAGAAUGCAUGUGGCAUCUGCAGAGUCAGUUUUACCUGCGCAGUUUAGGAAAUUUGUGCUUUAAAAAAAAAAAAAAAACUGAAGAGUUCACCGAAGAGAUUCCCUCAACGUUCCUCUGGGCGCUCCAGCGACAGUGGGGUUAAUAAUUCUUCAUAAACUCAUCAUUUGUUAUACGCAUUAGAAACCUAGCAAUUCGCUCUCUGAUAUAUCUCAGCCAGGAAAUCUCUCAUAUAGAUACUUAGCGCUGUACGAUUCUGUCCUUAUAACCUGCAGUGAAAUUAUCACAUUAGAUAGAAUUGCAGCAGUGGAGUCUGUCCUGAUAAUACAAUGUUUAACCCUGGUCCCGUUUAGUAUCGAUUUCUGUUCUGCACAGCUAGUAAUAUGGAAAUGAAAGGCGACUGAGGUUUUCAAAUGCUGUUAGACUCUCGUUCUUUGGACCCUGCUAGUGGGACUUUCUGCACAAUUAACCCAUUUGUUGCCGGCAGCGGAGUCAGAAGACGUCCUUACUAGUUGAGGGGGAAAAGGGCUGAGCCAUGUGUGUGAAGAAAAGGUUUUAACGUCGCACAGGGGGAGGUCUGAUCCACUGCAAUGCUGUGCUCUCCCCCAGUCCCCCCUCCUCCCUGUGCACCGUGAUCACUGCUCUAUAGCCAAUAAAAACAAAGUCAAUGUGA